CCCUCGCACAAGUGAACAGAGAUUGAGAGAACAAAAAUGAAAUUGGGUACAAAGAUUAAAUAAUCGACGCAAUGAAAAGUAUUGUAUCACAGUUAAAGGCUUCCCCAAAGGGGCAGCUGAAAUAUGAAAGAGAUCCUAACAUUGAAAAGGAAUACUUUGACAAAUAUCUGUCACCACCAAAGUUGAGCACACAUCACUCUGAGGUGUCAACACAGAAUAGUUUUUACGUACAUGAAGAUGAGGAAGAAUUGUCAGAGAGUGAGAUGUCUGAGAGCUUCAGGAACCUCAAGGUUCAAAUUCAAAACAAAGUCAAAAAACCAAAUAAGGCAAAAGUCCAAUUCACCACAGAGAAUCACCAUCCUGUCAGUGAUAUGACUAUCCAGGUCUCUAACAAGAGAGCAGAUCCUAUGUAUGGGGACACCAAUAGAAAUGCGGGUAAAAUCAAAAUAAGCUUCCGUAAUGAUCUUUGUAAAGAUAACCACAAAAAGAAGGGGAGACUGACAGAGAAACCAUUGGAUCUUCCAUGUGUUGAUAAGGCUGCAUCAGAGAAGAUUCUUGUGUCACCUGAGUACAACAAAAGUAGACGAGGCAUUCAAGAUUAUGAAGAGGAACGUAUUAAAGAGUCAAAAACUGAAUUUGAAAGGAAAAGACGCCAAUUUAAGGAAGCUGGGAGAAAAAUCAACAGGAGAGCAGAAAGGCAAAUUAACGAAUAUGAAAACAGAAGACAAGAAAAAGCAGUCUCUCAAAGGAAACAAAUGGAUCAGCUGGAAAAACAGGGGUCAGCAGAGUUGUUGGAAAAGCAAAUGAAAAUGAUACAGGGUUAUAUUCAUCAUGCAAAGAUGGUGGAAAAGAAACAAGAGAGGAUUCAAGAAGAAAUGAAGAAGAAAGAGGCAGAAAGGCUUAAGACGUUGGAGAAAGUCAAGAGCAUUGUGAGUGACUCCAAGACUAUCCUAGACAAAGUGAAAACAAUGUACAAUUCCUACGCUGCCAAGCUCCCAGAGAGUGUAGCUAAAGGCAUUCACAGCGCUCAGCAGAGGUACAACAUGUCACAACAGAUAGUAUCCCCUGAGGACAGCAAACCAGAGAUAACAAAUCAACAGCUCAUCACAAUCUCAGAAAACUUCAGAUUUCUAUCCAACACCCACGACUUUGUGAAACAGUCCAUACAAGAAGUGAAGGAGAAAGAGAAGAAGGAGGCACUAGAGGCCAAAAUGAAGGCUGAGGAGGAGGCAAGGAAGAAGGCAGAGGAAGAGGCUAGCAAGCGAGCCGAGGCUGCCUCUUCUGUUGCUUCUCCUGGUCAGCCUUUGAUUUCCUCCACUCCAAUACCAGGAGCAACCUCAACAGUGACCCAAGAGACACAGGGGGCAACAGGUGGGGUCUCAGUGGCAUCCACUACCGCAGCUCCUACACCAGUCACACAAAUCAGACCAGCAGAGGGAGAAGUUUUAUGUGUGGACAUGGAAGCAUUCCAAGAGUACACCAGACUUCAACAAAUGCUAAAAGAUGCAGAAGCAGCCAUACAGGUCUUGUCCUCCACUCCACAGCUGAAGAAGAUGAAGUUUGAUCUCCAGAAGGCAGUGAACAUCCCUGUCAAUGCUAUAUCAGCCGUCAGUGGGGCUCACCUUAGAGACAAACUACAGCGCCUCCUAGUGUUACUCUCGGGACAGCAAGUGGAGAUAACCAAUAAAAGAGUCUCAGUCAGAGACCACCCAGCUGCUUUACCAUUCUGUAAAUACCUCAUUGCUAAAAUGGUAGUGAGAAAAGGUGAGGAGCAGGUAUCAUCUAUCUUUGAGUCUGCCUUCCCUCUGGCGGCUGUGACGGUGGGGCUACUGGCACAGCACCCAGACAUCCGAGACCUUCUUCUGGCUCACUUCCACUCCCUGUGUCCAUACACUGUCCCCUACCACAUCCCCCGGCAGGAUCAGCAAUCAACAGAGGAAUACCAUAAAGCACUGGGCUACAAAUAUGACAGUGAUGGGAACGUUGAAAAACAGGACAAAUUUCUGAAGCGAAUGUCAGGAAUCAUGAGGUUAUACACCUCCGUAAUGGUCUCUUCUCCUCCUCGGCAACAAAGUAAUCACCCAUUCGGAGUUGAGCAUGCCUGGAUAUGGUUGUCAAGGGUGAUGAACAUUCAGCCUCUUCCUGAUAUCACGGCUACCAUGGUGUUUGACCUCUUAGAAGUCACAGGACAUGCUUUAUUUCACAAAUAUAAAAAACAAUUUUUGAAAAUGCUUCAUAUAUUGAUACGUGAAUUUCUACCGAAACUGAAAUCAGUAGCAUCAUCAGGAGGAGGUGGCCCUGUAUCUCGACUUGAGGCGCUGAUAAAGGCUAGCAUACAGAGACAGGGACAAAUUCCACCACCAGAGGGCCUACUUCCUCCAAACUUCUGGUCCUCUUAAUAAUGGAGGCCCUGAUAAGAUUAGGAGACAAAGACAAAUUCCAGUACCAGAAGGCCUGCCCCCCCCCCCCCAACUUUUGGUCCUCCAAAUAGUGACUGUGGUCACUUGAUGAUAUGUACAAUGUAUAUGCAUGCACAUGUUGUAUAUGUCAGUUUAAGUAUACUGUAUAUUAUAGAGCUGAUGCUUCUUAACAAAAGAACUGGUAUUUAUAAUCAAAAUCAUGUAAAGACUAUGAGUUUUUAUUGAAUUCUUCAGCAUUAUUGAUACCAUCAUUGUAAAAAUUGUUUACCAGUGAUAUCAAGUUGCAUAAAUAAUCAUUAAGCUCUAACGUUGCUUGAUUCCAGAUUAUCUGUUUGUACAUGCAUUGCAACAUUUUUUUUUAAUCAUGUUCAUUAUAUGAGAGGCUUUGCUUAGUGCCAAUAAACUAUUUGCCAUAUAUCAUUGUUCAAUUUAAAGUUGAGAUUGAUUCUCAUAUUUUCAUUUGCAGCUUGUUUCUAUAACAUGUAGAUUUUGACUAGAUGGUUUAGAUUAUAUAGUAAACUUUUAUCAAUAUUAGAUGAGUAUCAACUGAA